AUGAGUGCCGGCAGCACGCCGCACCAGACGACCCCUAAGCAGCAUGCGAGACGAGUGAACAAGGCCGCCGCGGGACGGGAUGGACGCCGACAGAAUCGAUCUACGCCUGCAGCGAGCAUAUCAGAUGCUCUGUCGGAUAGAGCAACGCUGAUGCUGAUACGCAGGACGCUGUGCCCGCAGACUCUGGCCGACAAGAACCGUGACGACACGCAGCCAAUUGAGGAGCUGCUACCGCCACUGACGAGCCGCAAUGAUCUCGACUUGCAGAUAUACGCCUUUCUAGCUAUCGUUCUGCGAGAGUUUGUCCAGAAUUGGUACAACAAGAUCACACCGGACGAGACGUUUGUCGACGAGAUUGUGCAGGUGAUUGCACACUGCACGCGUGCACUGGAGGGCCGUUUCCGCAACGUGGACCUGGAGAGUUUGAUAUUCGACGAGAUCCCAGAUCUGUUAGACAGACAUGUUACAGCAUAUCGAGCUAGCCAUACGCCAGUAUCACAAUCACCAGUCGAAAUCAACCCAAGGGAGGCAUACCAUGCUCUCUGCCCACUUCCGCAACUGUCUCCUGUCCCUUCAUCGGAGAAUAAGGCGUCGGUAGAGGAGCAAGCCGCCAACGAGACGGUGUAUCGACAGCUUCUUGUUGAAGGGAUGCUUUCCAUUCUUCUCCCCACUGAAGAUCUGGAAAAUCCAUGCUUGACUGCUUUGGUAGGCCAGAUACUAUCCGAGCUCAUCAUUGGAAACCUCUUCAUCAACAAAGCAUCUCAACCGUGGCUGCUAUUUGAGAGCGUAUGCACAGUAUCGAGGGUGCUGCGUGAAAAGAAUGCGGUGACUUCACACGAACCAAAAGAGUCGAAAGAGUCAAAGUGGUCGUUGAAUUCCAUAAUGGUAUUGAUGAUAUAUCUGGGAGCCACAUUGGUUGCUUGGUUUCGACUCUUUGUCGACAUGUUAACCGUCUCAGCUACUCUGCAGUCAAGAUUUGUCACUGUGGAAUUCUCAAAGCCUCCUAACAACAAGGCACGACGCACUGUCGACAGGCCCGAGCACCGCCCAGUAAAGGCUCCGGUUCUCGAAUUCAAGCUAUGGAAGUGUGCUGGCAACAUCAUUCAGCUUAGCACCCGAAUGCCAUGGCUCAGCGGCAUUCUCUCACUAAUCCAGCACCAGGCUGUUCACGGACCAGGCCGCUUCGCGAGCCUUGACAGCCGUCUCGACAGGUUUCUCUCUCGCGGUGCCUCGUCAUUGCUCUCGCCAUCUAAGCUGGCCCCAGUCCUCCGUACACUUAGAGGGGUUGUGUUUCCUAACAACGCGCCUGGAUCGUCCUCCCUUGUUGCGCCAGAGUCCGAAGAGGAACUACGGGCUUUACGUCACCGCGCUGCUACCAGUCUUAUAGAGCUUCUCCCGGCGCGGCUGGCCCAGCUGUACUUUGGUCACCAGCGGGACGGCUCGUCCGAGCGGGAUGCUGGAGACGAUGCUAAAACAGGCCGGCAAGCCCCAACGCGGCAGAGAGAUGUGCCGCUGGGGGCCAUGGCGGAUGACAUGGAGGGUCUGCUGAUGGUGUUUGGAGACGAAUACUGCAACAAGCAUCUUAUGUACUCUGUACUGGAGCUUAUCCUUGUCCGGCUCAUGCCUGAACUGGUCGACAGAGGCGUCAUGGAGCUUCUGGACGAACGUCUUGGUUGA